AUGGAAGCUUAUAGAGCAAGCGUCAUUGGAAACAAAGGUGAUAUGUUUGAAUAUAAAAAAUUAGAAGUUGGCACAUUUGGAGAUAAAGAAGACGAUAUUAGUAGUAAACUAAAAGAGGAAUCAAUAAAUAAAGUAAAGGAGUCAAAAAAUUACCUAACAAACGAACAAUUAAAAACAUUAAAUAAUUAUCAUAAUACUUAUACAUUUAAUGAAGAUAUUGAUAAUUUGAAUAAGUUAUCUAUUAUAAUAGAAGAUUGUAAUAAUCAAGAUUCAAUACUUAUACCAAGCUCUAGUAAUAAUAUUCCAGAAUCAGCAUUCACUUCCUCUAUUCAACUCAAAUCAAGGAAUCCAUUGGUCCCCCUUACGGCUAUUGAAAAUAUGAAUAUAUCACAUUCUGUUAAACAGCUUCAAACUAAAAGAAUUCGAAAUAACAAAUGCAAAAGUGCAUUAGACUAUCUGAAUUCACAGAAUAAAAAUACUGAAAUUGUUUUGUCGCUGCCACUACUACGAAGAAGAAAGAUUGAUAAUCCUGCUUUGAAAGAGCUUUUUGAUAAGCAAGGUUUAAGUUGGAAUUGA